ACAGAGAUGAAGAGUGAGGAGGAAGAGGAGAAGCAGAGGGAGACGAGACCAGAGGAGGAAGAGGAGGAGGAGGAAGCAGCCACUCAGAGAGCUCCUGAUGAUGAGGAAGAGGAGGAGGAUGGUGGCAAGCCGAAGAAGAAGGGUGACAGGAAGUGUGUUCCAGGUAUCGUCUACCUGGGCCACAUUCCUCCGAGGUUCCGCCCCAAACACCUGAGGAACCUGCUGUCGGUCUACGGAGAGGUUGGGCGGAUUUUCCUGCAGCCAGAAGACCGCCAUGUGAGGAAGAGGAAGAAGAAGUCCGGAACGAGAAGGUGUGACUUCACUGAAGGGUGGGUGGAGUUCAGAGACAAGCGAGUGGCAAAGCGAGUGGCGCUGUCGCUCCACAACACGCCGAUGGCCACCAAGAAGCGCCAGAGAUUCUUCUCUGACCUCUGGAACAUCAAGUACCUGCACAGGUUCCAGUGGACUCACCUGAGCGAGCGGCUGGCCUACGAACAGAUGGUGCUGCAGCAGAGACUCCGGACUGAAGUGUCUCAGGCCAAGAGGGAGACCAACUUCUACCUGAACAACGUGGAGAAGAGCGCCCGCCUGGACCAGCUGAGGAAGAAGAGGCAGAGAGACGGGCAGCAAGGGGAGGAUAAGACGUGGGACUUCACGCAGCGCCAGACAGAGGAGGAGAUCCAGAAAAAGAAGAAGAAAGACCCCGUUACCCAGAAGCGCCUGGAUAAAGCCCACCUCCUGCAGCUGGAGAGCCAAUCAAACGUCUCACUGUUGGCUAAGAUUUUCAACUCCAACCAAUCAGAGUAA